AGUCCGUCUUGCUGCAGCCUAUGACUGACGGGAGUAGAAAGUGUAGAAAAAUCUACCACAAACAGACGCCCAAGGUCAGAUCGUUAACACGCGCUUUAUAAAACCCUCGACCGGUGGUUUUCUGCUCUUACUUGUCAUUAAGCCAAGAUGCCUAGCACCGAGUUCCCCAGGGUAGCUGAUUUCUACGAGGGUAAAACCAUAUUUUUGACAGGAGCUUCGGGAUACCUCGGCGUGAUAAUUUUGGAAACUCUCCUGAGAUGCUGUCCUGGCAUUCGCACCAUCUAUAUUUUGCUUCGAGAAAAACGAGGAGUACAGCCAGAAUGUCGGAAAGAGCAGAUCUUUAAAAAACAGAUCUUCAAAAAGUUGAAAGAGAAGCAAGCUGAUGUUUUAAAUAAAGUCCACGUAAUUGCUGGGGACGUGGCUCAGCCUCGAAUGGGCAUGAGCCAAGAGGAUUUUCUGAAAGUUAUUCGAGAAGUCACCGUCGUCUUUCACGUGGCAGCUAGCAUCAGUUUCAUGAAACCUCUCAAAUUCAUGUUGCACCACAACGCAAGAGCUUUGGACUAUGUCAUAGAUUUCUGUAAAGAACUGAAAAAAAUUGAUGUGUUGGUAUAUACCUCAACAGCUUAUUCUAAUUCCAACAGAAGGAAAGAAGUUGAGGAGCAAAUCUAUCGAUUACCUUUCCCAGCACAAAGGUUUCUAGAUGAACUAAGUAAGGAUAAUGAUGAUGGGCUGAAUUAUCUCGUAUCGCAAUGUUUGCCAAAGUGGCCAAAUCAUUACACGUUCAGCAAAUGUUUAUCAGAAAACAUCAUAUUGGACAAAGCAGCCGGAAUACCAGUAGCAAUCGUCCGACCUUCUAUUAUUGUCAGUUGCUGGAAAGGAAUACAGCCUGGCUAUGUUGAAGAAGGCUCAGGAAUGGUGGAUCUUGCACUUGCAAUUGGCAAAGGAUUCGUCCGAGUUCUUCGUGGAAAUCCUGACGUUAAAAUUGAUAUCAUACCAGUAGAUGUUGUAGCCAAUGCUCACAUUACAGCCGCAUGGAGUGUAGCCUCUGGCAGGUCUACCUCACCUUUGGUUGUAAAUUGCACAUCAGGUGAUGUUACAGAAACUACACUGCAUAAUUAUACUCAUACUUUAUUCGAUAUGAGUGUUAAACAUCCUGUGCCAAAAUCUUACCAAAAACAAUCUGUCACAAUACAGAAGAAUCUUCUACUGUAUUGGUUAUUUUCAUUCUUUGAACAUUAUGUACCAGCUGUUGUGAUAGACGCUCUGCUAACAAUUAGUGGUCGCAAGCCCAAGUUAUUUAACCUGUACCGAUUUUAUGAGAGAGCCAUGGAGUCUUUGGAUUACUUUCUAACAUACGACUGGAAGUUUCACACUGAGAACUUUAAGAAUUUAGAAAAACAGCUGAGUCUUGAAGACAAAGAGAAUUUGUACAUUGAUCUACAAGGAUUCAGUGUCAAAGCAAUGGCAGCAACUAUACCCUUCGGCGCCCCUUUUUACCAAUGGGAAGUCGAUUCGAAAAGAAUGCCAGAAAGGAAAAGGGUUACUCAUUUGCGCUACAUGCUUACCAGUACUAUAAAGGCAGUUGUAUUAGGACUCGUCCUCUCAAUGGUGUAUGUCAUCUUCACAUCUUUGUGUCGCGCAUUGGCAGUGUAUUAGUCAUUCUGUAAUUUUGUGUGUCGUAUAGUUUUUUAUAUUUAUAUAAUUGUUACAUUCACACCCUUUUCUCACUUAUAGACUAUAUUCACUUUAUUUCAUGUAAAUGAAGCACCAUGUUUAUAGUGUUUGUUCCUUUUUGUAGCAAUCGUGUCUUACAAUUUUUAAUAAAUUAUUUUUCACUUA